AUGUUUAUGAAUCUUCAUCCUCCAGCUGCUCUGGUAACACUGCACACUUACCAAAAUGGUUCUGGCUUUGUACGGAAAUUGAGGGUCUGUAAAUCUGCCUGUGGAGGCCAGCAGGCCAGAAAGAGAAAGGCAUCCAAGGUAGAAGAUGGCGGCAUCUCAAAGAGGCUGAAGACCUCUGAUCCUGUGCCCUUAGAGGACUUCACUAGGGUGAAGAGGAAACUCCUCGAAGAAAACAAUGGACCCAGAAAGAGAUUGAGAGUCUGUGAGCACGAAGAGAGAUGUGUGGAAGCCAUCAUAUCCUCAUUGGAGUCCUCUGAGAAGAAGAAGAAAAGCACUGCAGCCACUUCUGGGGAAACCAGCAGACAAGCGUUUGAGGCUAAGUACCAGCAACUGAACCCACUAGGAGCUGGAGGCCAAGGGUGUGUUUAUGCUGGCUUCAGAAGAGAGGAUCAUGUUCCAGUGGCAAUUAAGCAUAUCCCCAGGGAAAACGUAAUCUAUGAAAGUGUCAGGAAGAGCAAGAAGAUGCUUCCUCUGGAGGUGGCUGUAAUGCUGAAGAUGGCACAUGGAAAAGAAGAUAGUAAAUCUGCUGCCAUUUCCCUCCUUGACUACUAUGAUCUGGACCAGGAGCUCAUCCUGGUCCUGGAGCGUCCAGUCCCUGCAGUUGACCUAUUUGAGUACAUGGAGGUCAAAGAAGGGUCCAUGCAGGAGGAGGAGAGCAGAUUAAUAUUAAAGCAGCUAAUAGAGGCAGCCAGGGAGCUUCAGUCAAAGAAGGUGUUUCACCGAGACAUCAAGGCAGAGAACAUCCUGAUUGAAACCAGCACUGACUUCCCACGUGUUAGGGUUAUCGACUUUGGGCUCAGCUGCUUUUCUAAAAAAUCUUCCUCGUACAGAAUCUUUUGUGGUACCUCUGCCCAUAUCCCACCAGAGUGGUAUCAGAACAAAACCUACAGGGCCAGUCCCACCACAGUAUGGCAGAUUGGGGUGGUCCUGUAUGACCUACUGCACUGGAACGAUCGCUUUGAGACGACAAGUUUUCUCGCCGGUGAAAUAACUAUCAGUAAGGAUUUGUCUCCAGCUUGCCAGGACAUGCUGCAACUCUGUCUAACCAAAGACACUGCUCUACGUCCAUCUCUGGAGGAGCUCAGCCACCAUCCCUGGCUCGCAUGA